AUGCCGUUUACGCCAGACAGCGCGCUCACGCUAUUGUUUGAUGCGGCGCUUCUUCCGCCGAGCUUGAACGAGAAGCUUGCGCAGCAUAGCCUGCAUAUGCGUCCGCUUGCAUCGUCGGAUUACGCACGUGGGCAUAUCGCCGUGCUCGCGUCCCUGACCAGCGUCGCGGAUCCGGGCGAGGCCAAGUGGAGGGAGCGCUUUGCGGCGCUCGCGGCGGCGCGUGGCGGCGCAAGCCCGUAUUUUGUCGUGGUGAUUGUGUCGAAGGAUACGGACGAGCUUGUGGCGACAGGCACUGUGUUUCUCGAGCCCAAGUUUUUGCGCAACCUUGCGACGGCCGCGCACAUUGAAGACAUCGCUGUGGACACGCGCAUGCAAGGCAAAGGCCUCGGCAAGGUCCUGAUCGAGGGCCUGACCGCACUUGGCGAGCAGUGCGGCGCGUACAAGACGCUGCUCGACUGCAGCGAGGAGAAUGUAUUGUUUUACAACAAGUGCGGCUACGAAACGAAAGGCGUGUACAUGGCCAAGUACAAGUAG